AUGGCUGGAAGCCCAGUCGAGACCCAGCCCCCCCCAGAAGGCGAGAUCGAUGAAGAUGAAGACAAAGAGCUGGAUGAGACUCUUAUGGAGAGGCUGUGGGGUUUGAUGACUGAGAUGUUCCCUGUUACACUGCGCUCUGCAGCUGAGGUGAACGCAUCGGGCUCAGUCACUGUGGCCACGGAGCUGUACGGUUACUCCCGCGCUGCCCUGUGGGUGGGCACCUCCUCGUUCACGAUCCUGGUCCUUCCGGUGGUGUUUGAGACUGAGAGACUACAGCUGGAGCAGCAGAGACAGAUCCCUGUUGGGCCCCAACGCAGGGAUGCCAGGGUGGGAUGUCAGGGAGGGAUGUCAGGUGGGAUGCCAGGUGGGAUGCCAGGUGGGAUGUCAGGUGGGAUGCCAGGUGGGAUGUCAGGUGGGAUGCCAGGUGGGAUGUCAGGUGGGAUGUCAGGUGGGAUGCCAGGUGGGAUGCCAGGCGGGAUGCCAGGGUAG